GAUGGUAAACAAGCGUUCUGAGGAUGUAAAUCUGGAUAUACAACAAACAAACUUUAUCUUCUGACACUGAUCGCCAUUUUCAAUCAAUCCACUUAAACAAAGAUAUCAUAUCGUAUCGUGGGUUUUCUCCGUGGAUAGCACUAUCGAGUCGAGUAAAAUAGAGGCGGCAAAUAUACCUUCUCAGAUCGGUAACUAGAAAACCCUAAAUUUCUUUUGCCCUAAUUUUUAAGAGAUGGAUCAAUGGAAGACAAAAGUAUUCUGUCAAUCUGGAGAUUUAGCUGUCUCAGAUAUUCAUCGAUUCCCUCCUGAAUCCAGCCAAAGGCCAGAAGUAGAAGUUAAGGAUUCCAUUGCUGCAAGAAAAGUUCAGAAGGCAGACCGAGAGAAAUUGAGGAGGGAUCGACUGAAUGAGCAGUUUAUGGAGUUGGGAAAUGCAUUAGAUCCUGAUAGACCUAAGAAUGACAAGGCAACCAUUUUAGGUGAUACAAUCCAAAUGUUAAAGGAUUUGACAGCUCAAGUCAACAAACUAAAAGAAGAAUUUACAGCACUUUCAGAAGAAUCAAACGAGUUGACUCAGGAGAAAAAUGAACUUAGAGAAGAGAAAGCAUCCUUGAAAUCAGAUAUCGACAAUCUUAAUAUGCAAUAUCAGCAGAGAAUCAGAGUUAUGUUCCCCCCAUGGGCUCCAAUGGAUCCUUCAGUUGUUAUGGGUCCACAUCCGUAUCCGUACCCAUUGCCAGUUCCUGUUCCUGCUGGGCCGAUUCCCAUGCACCCAUCUAUGCAGCCGUACCCCUUCUUUGCAAAUCAAAAUCCUGGUGGAAUUCCCAAUCCAUGUUCUACUUACAUGCCAUUUUCAUCUCCUCCCGCUAAUCCACAAAUGGAACAAGUAUCCCCCCAAUUUGUAUCCCCGCAUAAUAUGCUGCAGCCAAGUAGUCGGUCCCAUGUUUCAAGCAAACAAGAUUCCAAAAGCAAAUCAUCUGAUCGACCAAGAGGUAACAAUGUUGAACGAAGUGAUGGUUCUAAUGACGUAGUAACUGAGCUGGAGCUCAAGACACCUGGUUCUACUGCAGACCAGGAGGCGUCUUGUGCGGAGAAGAAGCGGAAGCAGUCCAAGCUAAAGGAUAGUGAAGCUGGUAAAGAGGAGAGCUGUUCGAGUAGGUGUUCUUCCCGUGGUCUUCAGGAUAGCUCUUCAAAUAGUGUUGGAGAUGCUCCGAAAGCUGACAAGUAAAAUUUUCAGCACAUCCUUUCUAGGUUCACUUCAAACUCCCAAAAGUGGAGUGGAGCCAACCUCCAUGUAGGGACCAACAGAUGGUAGUAAGUAGCAAGGAGAGGUGUAAAUAGGGGGAAAUUAAAAAUAGUACCAUAAUAGCAAAAUAUAAUUGUAUGUCUUCUGUUAAUGUAACAUCUUAAAACCCUUCUUUUGGGGGGCGGUUUUUGCUGAUAUAUGUUCUCCCCAUAAUUGGAGAGAGCAUCCUCAGUUAAUUUUUUCUGCAACUAGCAUUUGUUAAAUCUUUGGGAGAACUUGAUGAGAAUAGCAAGGACAUUUUUAUGGCUCAA